UGGGACUGUGAUUUCGGUUCUAUGUGUGUGGGCGUAAAUAUAUGUGCUUCUGAUUGUAAAUUUGUAAUUGAUAGCGAUCGCAACUUUUCGUUAUCAGCUCCGGUGCUGAUUUAGUUUUUUUUCGCGUUCUGUCUUUUCCUGUUACGGUUAGUCGUCUGUCAGUCAGUGAGGUACAUCCGUUGAAAGUGGGUCGUCGCAUCUUCGCGUGUUUGGACCCAGCUGCAAUGGCUCCUCCCAUCUGUGACAUUUCGUUCGACAACUCGCACGGGGUGUUCUUCGCGGGUCAAACUCUCGCCGGUCAGGUGGAGAUCACAGUGCCGAAGGCGAAGAAAGUGAAGAGUGUCUUUUUGAAGAUUACCGGUCAGAGCAGUGUGCGAUGGUCGGAGAGUGUCGGCACGGGGACCAGUGUGCAAUACAGUGCCCGUGAGGACUACGUUAGUCAUUUGGAAAAGUUUGUGGAGAAUGAAGGGGGUGAGGAAGUGGAACUGAAAGAGGGAACACAUAUCCACAAGUUCUCAUACAAGCUGCCAACGGAUUGUCCCACAUCGUUUGAAGGUGAUUUCGGUUACAUACGGUACACAGCGCGAAUAGUGUUCGAACGGCCGUGGAAGUACGAUCUAACAUACAAGAUAGCAUUUACGGUGGUAAACCAGUUGGAUUUGAAUAAGAUUUCGCCACCUUUGAACGUUGCCACCGUGCAGGAGAACCUGAAGCAGUUUAGCUGUGGACCAUGCAGAUCGGCCCCCAUGAUUAUGACGGUGUGCAUUCCGAUGACUGGCUAUGUUCCGGGACAACUGAUUUCGGUUGUGGUCGAUGUCAUGAACAAAAGUAGAAAGGAUGUAAGUGAACUCAAGAUAAAACUUCGCCGGCAGGUCAAAUACUUCAGCCAAUCAUCGAGCAAGAAAAGCAAAAGCGUGCUUUCUACGCUGGUUAAGUAUCAAUGCGGUGGCGUAGAUCGCAAUAAAUCGGUAGGAUACGAACGGCGUCUUUUGGUUCCACCGGAGCCCCCGACCCGCUCGACCAGCAUAAUCCAAAUAGAGUACUUUAUCGAAGUGGUUGCAAAAAUACCGGGCCUGUAUGGAUGCCCGCAGGUGAAGAUUCCGAUCGUGAUCGGUACGGUGCCACUGGCCAAUCUGGACAAAUCUCAGGCGCAAGCUUCGGUCGUGGAUGGGCGGACGGCCAGGUCGAGUAAUAACCUUUCGACCCAGUUCCUAGCGAGCAGUAUCCAGUCGUUGAAAAUGCCCCACAGCUUCGAGGAAUCGACGACCCGGGCAGCGGUCGACAUCCAGGAGGACGACGAGCACCAAACGCUGGGAGCGAAACCUUUCACCCCGCGCUAUCCGGUCUACAAGUUCGACGGGAACGAAACGACUCCGAAUCGAAUCAGCUGAAAGAACAACGAAACGAAAGCGCACCAACAAGCAACCUAAUGGAAUAGUGACGUAGCGUGUCGCCGCACUUAUCGACUUGGAGGAAAACAGCAAUAACACAAAUUGCACCGCGUUCGCUGGCUGGCUGCUCCACUGGUUGGUGCCAAGGUGUUGUUGGCUCUUAUCGGCGGCUACGCAACGGUGAGGGCAAAUUUGUUUGGCAAUGAAACAUUGUGUCACCGGUGCACAAGCUGUUUCGAAAUUGGCCGGCGUGAUGGCGGUUUAAAGGUGCGUCGCUGAGAAAUUGCAACAUUCCAUUGAAAGCGAGAGCUUGGAGUAGGAUUAUUUAUAAGCGGUGGUUUUUGAUGAAAGGAUGUGAUGAAUGAAUGAAGAUAAAUUAUGAUGAGUAUAAAAACAAA